GGGGGAGGGGAGGGGUCAUUCCUUUGCAAUAAAGAGGCCUGUCUGGUCCCGGCUGUGCUUGUGGUGUUUUUCUGGUGGGAGGGGCUGCCUCGCGGGCUAAUCCUGGGGGAGGGGGGAAGGCUGCCCCGCGAGGGACUGAGUCGCCCCGUGGGCUUCUGGGCCACCUGGGGAUCGCCGCGCUUGAGAAGCGCAGCACACAGCAGGCGCUUAAGAAACGCGCUUUGCUCCGCAUCGGGGAUGGGGUUGGACAGCGGGGAGCUCCCGGGGGGCGCCUGCGCAGUUCGGGGCCUCUGUUCGCGCCCCCCCCACUCCUUCCCCCCGCGGGCAGCUCCGGCCCGGGCCUCCCCUGCCACUGCGCCUGCGUGGCCCUAGCAGGGCCCGCGGCAGCCGGUCCCGCGCCGCCGGCCGGGUAACAGUUGCCCCAGGCGACAGGACGCUCUGAGCCCCGGGCAUUUGUUCUGAGUCCCGGCUUGGGGACAGCGGGACUCGCCAUGGAGGGGCAGCCUCCGCCCGAGGAGGAGGAGGAGAGCGAGGAGAGCCAGCAGAGGCAGGCGAGGCGGGCCCGGCGGGCCAGUGUGGGUCGGACCGGGUCGGCCUCCGAGACCGCCGAGCCUGGCGAUGUGUCCGCCCGCGCAUCCCAAGCCAGCGUGGGGGCGCCGGCGUCCCAAACCAGCCUCAGGUGGUCCCUGCCCGCGGGGUCGAUGUCCAGCCUGGGGCUGCGGAUCGAAGACCUGGACGAGGAGAGCACGUCCCAGAUGGACACCCUCAGCCUGACGGGCCGGGUCCCGAGCCACGGCAGCAUGCCCGAAAACUUCCCCGGGGGCUUGGACGCUUCCCAGUACGGCUUCUUCCAGCCCAUGGACUUCCACACCGCCAUGUUCCAGCCCGAGCCCGUGCUGUCCUCCGGCAGCUUCCAGCCCGACGAGGAGGAGGAGCCUCACGGUCCCUACGCCCUGGACGACCCGCAGUACCGAGGCUCUCACCUGGACCCCGGCUUCGGCCCCUUUGACUACGAGCUGCCCGAGCCCGAGCCCCGGGAACUCAUGAUACAGAACGCCAAGGCCUACCUGCUGAAGACCAGCGUCAAGUGUGACCUUAGCCUGUACGAGCACCUGGUGAACUUGCUGACCAAGAUCCUGAACGAACGGCCAGAGGACCCCUUGGCCAUCUUGGAGUCCAUGAACCGCACGGUCCAGGAGGAAUGGUUCCACAAGAAGCUGGAUACCCUGAGGGACGACCCCGAGAUGCAGCCGACCUACGAGAUGGCCGAGAAGCAGAAGGUCCUGUUCCUCCGUGGGGCGGGAGAGGGCGAGCAGGAGAUGGAAGAGGAGUCCUCGGAGAUCCCCGUGCCCAACAUCAUCGAGUCGGCCUUCUACUUCGAGCAGGCGGGCGUGGGGCUCAACUCGGACGAGACCUUCCGCAUCUUCCUGGCCCUCAAGCAGCUGGUGGAGCAGCAGCCCAUCCAGACGUGCCGCUUCUGGGGCAAGAUCCUGGGCCUGGAGCGCAACUACCUGGUGGCCGAGGUGGAGUUCCGCGAGGGCGAGGAGGAGGAGGUGGAGGAGGAGGGUGAGGAGCUGGUGGAGGGGGCGGGCGAGGCGAUGGAGGGCCGCGACGAGGAGGAGGGCGAGGAGGACGAGGAGAAGGAGGUGGACGAGCCGCCCAAGUCCACGUGGAAGCCCCCGCCCGUGAUCCCCCGCGAGGAGAGCCGCACCGGGGCCAACAAGUACCUCUACUUCGUGUGCAACGAGCCGGGGCGCGGCUGGAGCAAGCUACCCCACGUCACGCCCGCGCAGAUCGUCAACGCGCGCAAGAUCAAGAAGUUCUUCACGGGCCGCCUGGAGACGCCCAUCAUCAGCUACCCGCCCUUCCCCGGCACCGAGGCCAACUACCUGCGCGCGCAGAUCGCGCGCAUCUCGGCGGGCACGCAGAUCAGCCCGCUCGGCUUCUACCAGUUCGGGGAGGAGGAGGGGGACGAGGAGGAGGAGGGCGGCGCCGGGCGCGACAGCUACGAGGAGAACCCGGACUUCGAGGGCAUCCCCGUGGUGGAGCUCGUGGACUCGCUGGCCAACUGGGUGCAUCACACCCAGCACAUCCUGCCCCAGGGUCGCUGCACCUGGGUGAAUCCCAACCAGAAGUCCGAGGAGGAAGAGGAGCUGGGUGAAGAAGAGGAGAAGGCCGAUGAACCAGAUGAGGCGGAACAGGAAAUUGGACCCCCCCUCCUGACCCCAUUGUCUGAAGAUGCAGAAAUCCUGCAGUUGACCCCCUGGACAGCCCGACUCUCCUGCAGCCUCUGCCCUCAGUACUCUGUGGCAGUGAUUCGAUCCAACCUAUGGCCUGGCGCCUACGCUUACGCCACUGGCAGGAAAUUUGAGAACAUCUACAUCGGCUGGGGCCACAAGUACAGCCAGGAUAACUUCAACCCCGUCCUGCCUCCGCCGGUGCAGCUGGAGUACGUGAUUGGGCCUGAGACCAUGGAGAUGGUGGACCCCACGGUGGAAGAGGAGCAGGCCCUGAAGGCCGCUCAGGAGCAGGCCCUGGCUGCAGCGGAGGAGGAGGAGGAGGAGGAUGAGGAUGAGGAGGAUGAGGAUGCUGAUGACUAAGGGAAGGGGGGUUUCUUAUCUUGUGAAUAUGAAGAGAAUGAUUUAUUUUCUACGUUGCAGAAGAGUGGAGUGUUUUCCUUUAAGUGUCCCCUAGUAACAUUGCUCCCUUAGUUCAGGCCUGGCUCUGACGCCCUCCUUCUGCUGCUUAGGCCCCUGAGCUCGCCUGCCCUCCCCCAGACCCAGGCGAGGCCCCUCCACAUCCUUCCCUCCCUCUAGCCUUUCCGCAAGUCCCUUAUUUCAGCUCCUUUAGGAAGCUCGCCUCCGGACAAUCUCAGGAGCGCCCCGCCUUCCCGUCGCUAGGGAAGCGGCGUGGUUGCUGGGGAACCGCCCAUUCUCAGCUGCGUUUUGACUCGGAGGUCCCGCCCACCUUGAUCGGGUCCAAUCACAAUUCG